UUGUAAAUAUCAUUUUAAUAACUGGUUUUUGGCUUUAAUUAUUUGCGUAGAUUUUUUUUAUUCCUAUUUCAUCCUCUUAUUUACUUAUAAAUCGCUUCUCAUGAUUUUCCUUAUGUCAUAAACGUAUUUGAUGAGUCAUUCAUUUUAAACUUCGCGUUUAGUACGAAACCGUCUAAGCCGUCAAUCGACCGUUGAUCGACCGCUAAAAAAGCAACCUAUACAGUCGCAUUACUUUACCCAUGACAAGUACAAUACUAACGAUAUUUCACAUGCUCGUUUCACACUAUACCAAGAACACGAUCGAAAGCCGGCGCGCUGGUGGGGUCAAUGGAGAUAGUCAACGCCUCGUGGUCCGGUCGUCUUUCAGUAUCGACAGGUCGUUCCGUCUGUAAUCAUGUUCAUCGUAUCGCAAUAUCUUCUAUUCGCCACAUGCUUCGAGUCGGACGUAUUGAAUUUUGUCAAGUUGUAGUCGCAUUUUUCCGUUCAUCUUUACUUAAAGUCUUCAUCUUUGACAAUCCAAGGUGAUCUUUGUGUUUUUACUGCGUACAAUAAAUUCGUUUUUACAUCUUCUUCAAAUAUCGAAAGCUCCACGCAAAAAAAUGGAAGAAUCUCAAAGAUACGAGGAACCUGAUAUGUAUAAGGAACAGCGAUCUUGCAAUUUACGAAAAUUAGGAGACAUGGUUCCAGCACGUGUCGUACUGUACAUACUUUCGUUUUCCGGAUUUCUCGUGUCUUUUAUGAUGAGAACGGACAUUAAUAUCGCCAUGGUGGCCAUGGCAAAGCUGCCGUCGAACAAUGAAACUGUCGCGGUGACAUCUCACUGUUACACUGUAUCAAAUGCGUCAUAUAUGGAGAAUACUACUGUAAUCAGACCAGAGGAAGCUGGCGAGUUCGAAUGGAGUCCAGCUAUUCAAUCAGCCAUCCUCAGUUCCUUCUAUUGGUGUUAUAUACUUUCGCAAAUGCUCGGAGGUAUUCUCACUCAAUAUUUUGGCACUAAAACUAUAUUCGGCGGAUCCCAAGUCGUCACUGCCGUCUGCAGUCUACUCAUGCCGACUGCCGCGGAGAUCCAUUACGGAGCAAUGAUAGCGUUACGUAGUAUACAAGGCAUAGCAAGUGGACUCACAUGGCCCGCUAUGUACGCCGUAAUCGGGCACUGGAUUCCACCUGUGGAACGCUCACGCUUCAUGUCUUCCUUUCAAGGGUUCAGCAUCGGCAUCGGAUUGACCUAUCCGUUGUGCGCGUUCAUCAUCUCCUAUCUCGGAUGGAGGGCUGUAUUCUAUACGACUGGCACCGUCGGUCUCGUCUGGUGUAUCUUUUGGUAUUUUUACGCCUUUGACACGCCUGCCUUGCAUCCCCGAAUAUCUAGAUCGGAACUCCGUUACAUUCAAGAAUGCGUUAGAAAUCAAGUUAUCGGAGCGAAUGAGGACCUGCCCGUUCCUUGGAAAUCUAUUCUCACAUCUUUACCAGCUUGGGCUAUCGGCAUUACAACUUUUGGAAGAAUAUGGGUACACUAUGUCUUUAUCAUUCCUGGACCGAUGUAUAUGAAGACGGUGUUAGGAUUCAGUAUAGAAGCAAACGGUAUCCUGUCAGGUGCGCCAUUUAUCUGUAGCUACUUAAGCUCCGUUGUAUUCUGCUAUGUUGCGGAUCUCCUAGUCACACGACAAAUCAUGACUUUAAUCACUGUGCGCAAAAUAUUUACUUCACUAUCUCAAGUGGUUCCCGGAAUACUUGUGAUUUUAAUUGGAUACUUGGGCUGCGAUAUUAUUCUAGUUUUAAUCGUGUGGUUCAUAGCUGUUACUCUCAUAACUGCCGGUUACGCGGGCGCAAUGGCCAAUAUCGUCGACAUCGCACCCAAUUUUGCUGGACCGGUAUUGGCGUUUGCGCAGACAAUUCACAUGACCGCUAGUUUUCUAUCUCCCAUAGCAGCUGGUCUGCUCACACAAGAAAGCCAAUCUCUCGAUUCGUGGAGAAAAGUAUUUGCGGUUACUGCAGGUGUAUCUUGCAGUACGUACAUUGCCUAUCAAUUAUUUGGUACGGCAGACAUACAAGCAUGGAACUAUCCAGAUCAAAAGUAUCCUCAAUCUAUGGGAGAAGACUCACCGUUAAAUAGUUCGUUGCAGAAAAAGGGCGAGAUUGUUCCGAGCCGAAAAAAUCCGUCAGAUCAAACGUAAUGUUUCUCUAUUUUGAUUUCUUAUUUUCCUGUGCUAUCGUCAUUCCUUACAUUAAAAUUAACCCUUAUAUUUUUUAACGCACAGAACACAGUCAAAUAUGAAAAAUACUACCUAUUUUCAGUACCCUUUUAUUAUUGUAAAUAGAUUACAUGACUGUUGAUGAGGGAGAAAUUAUAUAGUUGUCAGAAUAUUAUGUAUCGUAUACUUUUAAUCAUGUAUCACUAAAAUUAAAGUGCACGUUGAAAUAAAAGCCCUACGUAAUUUCGAAUGAUAUAGGUAUACUCUAAAGCAUGCCUGACCGAAAACUGGAGGUAAACGCAAAAAUUUUCAUUUCAACGUUUCCAAUUUUAGCGAUAUAUAUUUAAAAGUAUAAUGUAAAGAAAGAUAUUUUUAUGAAAUGAUUGCCUCAGGUAUAUGACAAAGUGUUUCAAUCAGUUUUGUCAGAUUGUAAGCGAUAAAUUAACAUUAUAUACAAAUUGUGCGCCAAUGUUUGAAGAAAUAAUUGGUAAUAGAGUGCGUUUAUGAGAUACGCGCGUUGAGUAAUCCCAAUUAAAUACUCGAGAUGCGCUGUGUUUUCUCGAUAAAGCCAAUAAUAUUUCAAGGUACUUAGACGCGGACCAUGCAUUACUUUUAUGCAUUAUUUUUAUAUAUCGCUCAAACUUAAAUAAAAUCUUUUUCAUUUAUUAUUGGUAAUUUCAAGAAAGCAACAUAUUUUUAGUUCUUUGAAUAGAAUGAAUUCAAUAUGAAACCUCACAAACUGCAUUCUAGUAACACGUAAUAUAUACGUUAUUACAUGAUUUUACUGGUUUACAUGUAUUUUUUGUCUUGAAGCUGUUAUACAAUAAUUUAUUUAUAAAAGAUGAUUUAAGAAUAAUUCAUAAAAUAUGGAUCUCGUAAAAGUAUCAAACAGUUACUUAUUUUUCUUUAGUGUGUGAACACUCCGGACAAUGACAAUUUUAUAUACAUAAAGCGUUUUAAUAGUUUAAACAUAAAUACAAGCAUAUGUAUACAUAGCUUUUUAAUUAUAUACAAGAAAUGUAUAAAUAUGCUUAUAUAUAAAUAUGCUUUUUGUUUUGAAGUUGUUAUACAAUAAUUUAUUUGUAAAAGAUGAUUUAAGAAUAAUUCAUAAAAUAUGGAUCUCGUAAAAGUAUCAAACAGUUACUUAUUUUUCUUUAGUGUGCGAACGCUCCAGACAAUGACAAUUUUAUAUACAUAAAGCGUUUUAAUAGUUUAAACAUAAAUACAAGCAUAUGUAUAGUUUUUUAAUUAUAUACAAGGGAUAUAUAAAUAUGCUUAUAUAUAAUUAAAACAUCUGAGAAUAAUGGAGUACUUAUCAAAUUUAGAGAGAUACUUAAAACAUACACUUAUUAAACAUAGCUUUUAUUUACACAGCUCUCGAAACUAGGGUACAAUUUUAAUUACGAUGCAGAAAAUUAAGUGAAAUCAUAGAAUUAAAGUAUUUUUAUUAGUACCUACUUUUUACUAUCAGUGCCUUAUGGUACGUAGAUUUUCAAGUUAAAAAAUAAAACUCUAAUAGAGCUCUCUGGCGACAUCUAGAUUUAUUAGAUUUUACAAAUUAGUGUAGUGUUUAUAUGUAACACCUGACAUGUUCACGAUAUUAUUGAUUAAUACCAUGAAUUUGACAUUACGUUUUGUACUGUAUACGAAAAGAUAUUUAUUAGUAUCACGAAAAUCGUAUUAUGCGAAUAAAUUUUUAAGAGCCUAAUUCCGCGUUUAAAAAUAUUACCGAACGUUAAUACAAAUUUUAAUAAACAUUUAUUUUUUCAACGUUAUAAAAAAUUAUUAUAUGUUACUUUAUUUUUUAUUUGAUUAUUUUCUCUAGAAAUUUUUAUAUUUACAAAUACAUAUUGCAAUAUCAUUGUAUUGCAAUGAUUCCGUUAAUAACAUACAUGUACAUGUUUCUAAUAAGUAAUCUAGACUAUGUAGAGUAUUGUAAAGUUAGUACUUAAUAGCUUUCAUCGAAAUUAAUCGGAUUUGAGUUUUUCUAAUUUUAUCUCGUUAUUUGCAAAUAAAAUAUUUUACAUAUGUCGGUAAUUUAAAGAUACGUAACUAUUUUUGUGAGUACAUAAAUACAUUAGAUUUAUGCUUUAAUGAAAAUGUGUUUGUAAGUAAUAUUUUUACGCGAUCACGUUACGAUAUCUUUAUUGUGUAUAAUAUACUUGUAAAAGUUAUGAACAUUACACAUAGAAGAAAAUGCUCUUAACUUUAUUAAUGUUUCAAAUCAUGAAAUAAUUUUAAUAACUUAUUUUACAUUAAUUUAAACUUGUUUCUUUUAACCUUCUGCGAAUCAAGUGGAAAAAAACAACAUGACAAACCAUGUAUGGGAUAUUUUAUACCUCAUGUUAUUUAUGUUAUAUUUAUUAUACGCUACAAGUACAGAAAUUAAAUAUAUGCAACACAUCGAAUAAAUAAUCUUAAUAGAAAAUAAAUAUGGAAGCAUUUUCAGCUAUUGUGUAAUGAAAUAACACCUAUAAUAAUGCACAUGUUAAUUCUUCCUUUUAUUGAUUUAUUAUUAUAAGUAACAUGCAAAAAUUUAUAAAAUUUUAGUAUUAUUCUAUAAAAUUGAGGACCAGGAGCGUCAAGAAAUAUAGUAGAACAAUAGUAUACAUUUUAUAUACUGUAUAUUAGUAGUGUAAUAGAUAAAAAAAAUAUUAAAUAUGAAGAAAAUAUUGACAUUAAACAGACAUUAAGAAAUGUAAAUACACGAUUUAAUUCAAAAUAUAUGAGCAAGUAUAAUUUUAAUAAUUGCCGCAUUUUUAGAAUCUGUGAGAUGUUUAUCUCUUUCCUUAUUUUUAAGAUGCAAAAUUCAACGAUUAUAUUACCAUUAUUAUAAAUACUUAAUUCUCUAAAUUUAAAACUUAUCCAGAUAGUCAAAGCCUGCAAGAGCAUGUAUUGCAAAUGUUUGUUGCAUAUUAUAUUAAUAAAAAUCUAGUAAGCCGAGCACAAUUUUACUAUCUGGAUUACAUAUAAUUUAUUCUUUGUGGAAUCGUUAACUACAUCUAACAUUAAUUCCUUGUUCGAUUAAAAGCGUAAUAAAGUGAAAUAGUGAAUAACUGUAACUUAAAUCUUUACUUAUAUAUACAAUUAUGCUUUUAUCUUAAUUCUAUGUAUAUAUCCAAUUUAUUAAAAACUAUUUUAAAUAA